UAUAAUACAGCGACCUUGCAAUUUUUAUCAUGAUUUCCUGGAGCUAGUCAAACUCAAAGAUCGCAACCAACUAAGCGUGUCCCACUACGUUCAACGCGAAAUUCCAUUCAAACUAAACAAUGUACUGUACUAAAACCAUCAGUUCAAGUUCAUCUUUGUGGUGGAACAUGUAUACAAGACAGUAUUAAAGUUUAUGUGAUUAUAAAUGACAUAAUAGUUCCUAUUAUAAUUUAUGUGAAAUCGGUAAUCGGUAAAUAUAACAAUGAGUGCGGAGUCUAAUUCAAAUAGAAAAAGAAAUCAUAGCUACACUGUACUGCAAGAUGGAUCUGACAUUGGAUUUCAAGAACCAAGAGGUGCCAUGGCGGAGAACCUGGACAAGUUUAUUCUUCUUAUGUGGAAGAAUUGGUUGCUUCAGUAUAGAAAACCCGUACAAACUGCGGUAGAAAUAUUGGCGCCGGUUAUCUUUUCCAUCUUACUUGUAGUAAUAAGAAGUCUAUCGGAUCCAGUUCGUCACGAAACUGUAGUGUAUCCGCCCUUUUGUACCAUUCCUAUAGCUCUAAGAGAGAACAAAACUGGGAUCACGAUUUGCCCUUCUUAUGAUGGAGUACCUUAUAUGGACAGAAAUCAAUCAGAUGGCGGAAACAGUUCUAACAAUCCAUUUGAGAAAUUUGCACUUGUCUACUCACCGUCCAACCCUCCAAUAGACCAAGUGAUGAAUUAUUUUCGACUCGCUUUUAAAAAUGUCGUGGCCUUGGAGAGCUCUCAGGCUCUGGAGAAAUAUUUCAUAACAAAUUCGUCCAACAUUACAUUCGCUGGUAUACAGUUCGAUGAUUCUUAUAAGACCUUAAAAAGUUUAGACGACGUUAAGCACCUACAAGUAUCAAUAAGAUUUCCAGGAGAAACCAGGUUAAAGUUAGAUCCUUUUAAUUACAAUAACUGGAGAACGAAUCUCAUUUUUCCAAUAUAUCAGCAGCCAGGACCUCGACUUUAUAACUUGAUUACAGGAGCAGCUCCAAGUUAUUACAGGGAAGGUUUUUUGGGCCUACAAUAUUACCUAACACUUAGUGUUUUACUGGCGAAGAGCAAUGUAACUUAUGCUACAGAUGAUUAUCUGGAUCUUAUAUCCUGGGUAAUAGAAAACCAGUUUCCUUUAGUCAACAUGCGAAGGUUCCCGAAUGCACCAUGGUACGAAGAUAUUCUGCUGACAGCUUUGAAGUCUCUGAUUGGUAUUAUAAUAAUGUUAAGUUUUGUCUACACUUGUAUUAAUACUGUCAAGUCAAUAACCACGGAAAAGGAAAAGCAACUUAAAGAAUCCAUGAAGAUAAUGGGUCUCCCAAACUGGUUGCACUGGACAGCAUGGUUUGUGAAAUGCUUCAUGUUUCUUUUAAUAUCAUCAGUAUUGAUGGUAAUAUUUUUAAAAGUAAGAUGGUACACCAAUACGAAUUUCACUGUAUUUACCAAAGCUGAUCCGUUUGUUCUACUUUUAUUUUUAAUGUUUUACAACUGCGCCACUAUUACUUUUUGCUUCGCACUUAGCGUCCUGUUUAACAAAGCUAAUACUGCAGCUACUAUAGCAGGUAUGGUCUGGUUUUUAUCAUACUCACCAUAUUUAUUUAUGGCGAAUGUAUAUGACACCUUAACGUUAACUUCGAAAUUAGUAGCAAGUAUUGGAUCAAAUACUGCCAUGGCAUUUGGUUUUCAAGUAAUUCUGAUGUACGAGGGAACUGGCGAAGGAAUUCAGUGGAACAACAUUUUUACACCAAACACCCCUGAUGAUUCCUUAACUUUAGGGUUAAUUCUAAUUAUGUUAACGGUUGACUCAAUUAUGUACUUAUUAAUUGCAUUAUACAUUGAGGCUCUUUUCCCCGGAGAAUUCGGAGUUCCACAACCUUGGUAUUUUCCAUUCACUGCACAAUAUUGGUGUGGACACCCUAUAUACAGAGGUGUCGAAGAUUUUGAUAAUGGUGCUAUAAAAGGAGAAUUUUUCGAAACUGAACCAGAAAACCUAAAACCAGGAAUUCAAAUCCGAAAUCUCAAAAAAGUUUUUAACCAAAAAGUAGCUGUUAGAAAUCUCUCUCUAAACAUGUACGAAGACCAAAUAACAGUACUUCUAGGACACAACGGUGCUGGUAAAACUACAACGAUGUCGAUGCUAACAGGAAUGAUCACACCAAACGGAGGUACUGCAAAGAUUAGCGGGUAUGAUAUAAGGACCGAUAUGGAAGGCGUAAGGAAAAGCUUAGGACUUUGUCCGCAGCACAAUAUUAUCUUCGAUGAGCUCACUGUGGCUGAGCAUAUUUACUUCUUUAGUAAGCUCAAAGGAAUGAGAAAGGGUGAAAUUAAGUCUGAGAUAGCAAAAUAUGUAGAUCUUCUCGAAUUACAAGAAAAGAGAAACUCCAAAGCAUCGACUCUCUCAGGCGGUAUGAAAAGAAAACUCUGCGUGGGUGUAGCACUUUGUGGUAAUUCUAAAGUUGUUAUGCUUGAUGAGCCAACUGCUGGUAUGGAUCCUGCUGCAAGAAGAGCUCUCUGGAAUUUACUAGAAACACAGAAAGAUGGACGUACUAUACUUCUUACAACUCAUUUUAUGGACGAAGCUGACAUCCUUGGUGAUCGUAUUGCAAUUAUGGCUGGUGGACAGCUACAAUGUUGUGGAUCAAGUUUUUUCCUCAAGAAAAAAUAUGGUGCUGGUUACAGUCUUAUUAUGGACAAGUCACAAGAAUGUGACCCUAGACGAGUUACACAGCUGUUGAAAAAGUAUAUACCAGACAUUGAGAUAAAUAGUAACGUAGGUUCAGAAUUGACGUAUCUGCUGGUAGAUGAUCAUGUCCAUGUAUUUGAACCUAUGCUUAGAGAACUUGAAACUGAAUCCGAGAUGUUGGGAAUUAGAAGCUAUGGUAUUUCGCUGACGACACUAGAAGAAGUAUUUAUGAAAGUUGGAGCAGACCAUGGUCAAGAGGAAAUGUACAAUCAUGAACAUGGCAACAUUGUUCAGAAUGGGACUGCACAAAAUGGAUUUACCAAUGGGAUAAACGGGACACACAAAACUAACAAUGGUACUCACACCAUGGUUCCGACAUAUUCAAACGGAUUCUCUCUAUUACUGAACCAGAUUAUAGCCAUGUUAUUGAAAAAGUUCGUUUCAACUGUCCGCUCGUGGAUCUUACUGGGCAUACAAGUAAUGAUGCCUACUCUGUUUCUUAUCAUUGCCUUUGUUGUAGCCCGCAAAAACAAAAUGACAGGAAAUCUUCCUGCCAUGCCUUUAAGCUUAAGUAAAUUUGAGAACCCUGUGACUUUAGUGGAAAAUGGGACGUCGGAUUAUUUGCCUUACUACAUGAAAGUUUUAGAGGAUUAUGGAUACCCUGCAACCAUCGUAGAUAAUAUUACUUCAGUAUUAUUGGAUAAGACAGAACAUCACCCAAUUCUCGUUACUAGAAGAUACCAAGCAGCAGCAACGUUCGGCGAAUCUGGAAUACCUGAUCUACCAUUUAACCUCCCGAAUUUGACAGCUUGGUUCAAUAACAACCCCUUUCACUCACCAGCGGUAUCUUUGUCUUUGAUGCUAAAUAGCAUUUACCGAAAACUAGGCGGUUGUGAUGACUGUACUAUAGAGUUUACCAACAGUCCUCUACCUUACAGCGCCGCGACGCAAGCGUCGCAGUUGUUGACAGUACAAAACAUUGGAUUCCAGUUGUCGUUUAAUAUAGGAUUUAGUAUGUCAUUUGUUGCUUCCUUCUAUGUUUUAUUUGUUAUUAGGGAGAAUCGUUGUAAGUCUAAGCAUCUGCAGUUUGUGUCAGGAGUGAAAGUAUACGUCUUUUGGUUAACUGCAGCCUUCUGUGAUAUGUUGACGUAUCUGUUUACAGUGUUUGUACUGAUGAUCACUAUGGUUAUGUUCCAAGAAGAUGGGUUUAAGUCAGGGAGUGAUAUAAGUCGAAUGUUUUUCAUCCUGUUUUACUUCGGAUGGGCAUUUUUACCAAUGUUUUACCUAAGUUCGUAUUUCUUUCAAGUUCCUUCUACGGGUUACACUAGAAUGACGCUUGUUAGUAUCUUUGGAGGAAACGCUGCUUUCCUUGUGGUACAAGUCCUUCAAAGUCCAGGAUUAGACCUGCAAUAUAUAGGAAAUGCUUUGCAUUGGCUGUUCCUUAUAUUUCCGCAUUACUCGUUGGCAACUGGAAUAAAUGAAAGUUUCAAAGUGUAUGCUUACAAUAACAUCUGCGUAAACCUUCUUAAAACGUGCGAGGAACAGCACAUUCCGAAGAAAACUUGUAUAUCGAUAAUGCGUAAUGAAAGAAUUCGUGAAAUUUGUGAAGACGCUGAUCUGAAUUACUUUAAAUGGAAGGCACCCGGAAUUGCCAGGAACAUGGUUUAUUCAUUUUUAACAGGCAUUAUUUUAUUCGCGCUUCUUUUGGCCAUUGAGUAUAAGAUUUUCUCUAGAGUACACUAUUACUUAACUCAAAAGCAUUUUACCAAAAAACCUAUACCUGUCGAAGACGAAGAUUCUGACGUUUCGAAGGAACGAGAAAGAAUACAUGUUGCUACAGAGAUUGACAUUAAACAAAAUUAUACGUUGGCGGUCAAAGAUUUGACUAAGUACUAUAAGAACUUUUUGGCUGUGAACGGGCUGUGCGUUGGAAUAAGAAAGUUCGAAUGCUUUGGAUUGCUUGGAAUCAACGGUGCUGGAAAAACUAGUACCUUCAUGAUGAUGACUGGUGAUACUAGUAUUUCAUAUGGUGACGCCUGGGUAAAUGGUAAAAGUAUUAAACAACAUUUGGAAGAAGUUCAAAAAAUAAUCGGAUAUUGUCCCCAAUUUGAUGCUUUACUGGACGACAUGACAGCAGAAGAGUCGAUUAUAAUGUUUGCUAUGCUAAGAGGUUUACCUUUCAAAGAUACUUUUAAAUUAGCUGAUUAUUUGUCUAAAGAAUUCGAUUUUACCAGACAUUUGAAAAAGAAAGUGAAAGAACUCAGCGGUGGCAACAAGAGGAAAUUAAGUACAGCGAUUGCGUUGAUUGGGGAUCCUCCUUUGUUGUAUCUAGAUGAACCAACCACAGGAAUGGACCCUGCCACCAAACGUCACCUCUGGAAUGCCUUAUGCAAAAUCCGAGACAGAGGUAAAUGUAUAGUUCUCACAUCGCACAGCAUGGAAGAAUGCGAAGCUCUCUGCACCCGAAUAGCCAUAAUGGUAAACGGCAACUUCAAAUGUCUCGGGUCCACGCAGCAUCUCAAACACAAAUUCGCAGAAGGGUACACUUUGACGAUCAAAUUAAAGAAAAUCGCGGAGAGUUCCAGCGAAGGCCUCUCAGAAACUGAACCUAUAGAGAAGUUCAUUUGCCAAAGGUUCCCAGGAGCCCAGCUUCGGGAGAGACACCAGGAGUUAUUAAAUUAUUAUAUAACUAAUAAGUCGGUGCCUUGGUCAAAGAUGUUUGGCAUCUUGGAGAAGGGAAAGAGAAGUGAUCUCAAUAUAGAAGAUUAUUCAUUAGGACAAUGUAGUUUAGAACAGGUGUUCCUGUUAUUUACUAAACAUGAAAAUAGUACAUGAUUUAGUUCCCUUAAGAGAUGCGUCAGUGCCUUUGCUCUGUGUUAUUUUCUCAUUGUGAUAAUAUAUUAUUUUUAGUUAUUAAUAAGAUUCCUCAUUGGGGCACUACCGUUUAAAGAAACCAAUAAAGGAUGAUGUGUCGGUUUUUAAUCAAAAUAAUGUGUUUCAAUAGAAUAUGAUAGUAAGGUAAUAUAAUUAGCCCAAUAAAUGACUGUUUUGGAGUGUAAUUUCCAGGGGCAACUGCGAAUUGCAUGAAAAUUUGGAUUAAGAUUCUACUUACCCUCCACUUCAAAGUUGAAUUUGUGCCGUUGGUUACUUUUACUUGGGGGGUGACAUUUACCCCUUCUCGGGGGUAAAAAACGCGUGUUUAAAAUAAGGUCGGAAAUGGAUAAAUUGACUUAUUUUAAGCACUUUUUGUUCUACAAAUUUUUUUACGUAAGUCAAUACUUUUUGAGUUAUUCGCGAUUUAAAAUGUUGAUUAUUCGAUAAAAAAAAACUACGUUUUUAGACGGUUUUUCCCAAACAACUCAAAAAGUAAAUAUUUUAUCAAAAAAAAUAUUUUUAACAAAAGUGUAGCCUAUAAAAAACGAAAACAUGGUGUACCAGUAAAGUCUACACAUUGAGUAGAAGCAAAGUUGUAGCUCAUGAAAAAUACGUUCUUAUUCGUCUAAUUCCAAAUCGAAUAAUUCAACGCGAAAUCAAAGAAGAAAGAAGCGUUUUUCGGGAAAACCUUAUUAACAGUUUUAAAGUAUCGAAAAAAAACUUAUUAUUUGCUUUUUACAAAAGUUUACAGCAUCAAAAAUAAACGAGUUACACUGAAAAAAAAGUUGGCCCCUUUUUUUGGUAAAAAAAAUCGUGAAAACCUCCCUCUAUUUAGCACCCUAAAUGAAAUUAAUCUUUUGGAUUUACCAUCUAUUUUAACUGUAUGUGUAUUGUUUAUAUGAUCUGUAAGUUUGAUUGAUUUGAAGUGCUUAUUUUUAAAAACAUUUGGUUUUAUAUUAAAAAAAAAUUUCUAAAAAUUUUUGAAAAUUUUUAUUUUCUCAAGAUAACUUAAAAAGUAUUAGUGAUAGGAAAAAUCUUAAAGAGUAAAAAAAUGUAGGUUUUGCUAUUAUAAAUAUGCUAGUUUCAUUUUGUUUCUCCGUAAGACAAAAAUUGGUUAAAAUAUGGCUGUUCAAAAUUUGCAUACACUCGUGAUUAGUGACCCAUUCAAGCUUUCUCAAUUGAAACUCUUUCAAAAAUAAACACUUUAAACCGGCGAGACUGACAGAUCAUAUAAAAAAUAGAUAGGUAAGUAAAUUGUUUGUAAAGGGGUAGCGAUUAAUUUCAUGUGGAAAACUAAACAGGGCGAGAUUUUCAUGAUUUUUUACAAAAAAAAUUUUAUUUUGAGCGUUCCUCGCUUAUUUUUAAUGUUAAAACUUUUACUAACAAUUAAAACAAAGCUUUUUAUAAACACUUUAAAAAAGUUUAAAUGGGUUUUCCCGAAAAGUGUUUAAUUUUUCGGUGAAUUCACCUUGAAAUAUUCGAUGUGGAAUUAGACGAAUAAGAACGUAUUUUUCAUGAGCUACAACUUUGUUUUUAUUUGAUUGAUAGACUUUACUGAUACACCAUUUUUUUGGGUUUUUUAUAAGCUACACUUUAGCUAAGAAUAUUUUUUUUCGACAAAAUAUUUACUUUUUGAGUUAUUUGCGAAAAACCGUCUGAAAACGUAGUUUUUUGUCGAAAAAUCAACAUUUUCAAUGGCAAAUAACUCGAAAAUUAUUGACAAAAAACUUUAUAGAACAAAAGUUGCUUAAAAUCAGUCAAUUUAUACAUUUCCGGUCUUGUCUUGAACGUAUCUUUUUCACCCUCGAGAAGGGGUGACAGUGACCCCCCAAGUAAAAGCAACCAACGGCACAAUUUCAACUUUGAAGUGGAGGGUAAGUAGAACCUAAAUCCAAAUAUUCAUGUAAUUUGGAGUUGCCCCUGAAAAUUACACGAUAUCGCCGAAUUUCCCGUUCACUUACUGGGCUAAAUGUAUAUAUACUGGAAAUCCUGACAGUCCAGUCCCAAUAAAACAAAUCAAUUUAAUCGAUUAAAGGAGUUUAACGUUCCUUCACAACAAAUCAUUUGAUGCUGACAUUCUCCUGUGCAUUAUAUGUAAGAUCUUAUGCCCUCUACUAAGUCCCAUUACAUUUUCCACUUUUUGCUGACCUUUGUUAGUCCUUCCGUACAUUAUUUUCCCUUUUAAUCUAUUUGUGUUUACAUAUUAUUAUUCUCCAUAAGGUAUUUAGUUCUCAUUUUUUCAUCUCACAUGUUUGUAUCUACUGACCUCCUUUGUAAUAGUUUGAGAGCUUUGGCUAUCCAUUUUAACUCAACUCGAUAUUAUUAAAACUGUUUACCCAAACAUUAUAGAUAUAUCAGAAAAUACAGCGCAAGAAAAUGACCUAUGAUCGUAAAAAACAAAAAUAAUAGACCUAUCAGAAAAAAUACAAAGAAAUAUACGAGAAAAAUAAUGAGAAAACAUAAUACAAAGAUGGAAGGUGUACUUCCAAGAAAUAUAAUAUGCUAAACAUGAAAUAACAUAAGUCAUAGAAGACAACGUAUAAUCACCAAAGCGAGAGGUGAAUAUCGGAGAAAUUACAAUGGAAGAAAUUAGGAACACAAUAAAACUUCUAAAAAAUGGCAAAGUCGCAAGAAUCGACAAUGCACCCAUUGACAGAAACAUGGAAACAAGACGAAACUACAACUAAAAAACUACAAACUUUUGUAAACAAAUCUCUAAGAAAAAUCAUGAUAAGUCAAGGAAAAACUGGAUUGGCCAUACUUUGAGGAUAUAUUAAAGCAACAGAGCGAGGCAAGCAUUUGUUUAUCAUCCAGAGAGGAAAAUAAAGAAAGGAGAACCAGACAACAGGUGGAAAAUAACCACGAGAGAACACAAAAAUUUGACUUAGAUGGGGUGAAGUCAAAGAGAAAAAGAAAUAGAAGGAAACGGAACGUACUAGUACACAGUUUACGCGGGAGGUGGAUGUAUGCCAUUCACUUCACUGUGAAUGAUCUAGUGGUAGAUGGUUCAGAUACUGGCCAAAAGAGAAAAGGCUAACGUAGUAGUUUAAAAUUAUAAAUAGACCUGCUACUGAGACUAGAUUGCACUGGUGUAUCGAGCUGAUCUAUGGAUGAGCAGUAUGGCAAGAGAAAAGGGCUUGUGGCUCGGUGUCAUUCACUAAGUAGAUGCUUACCGAACGAGCGCUGAUGAUUUGGGUAAACAUUAUCGUAAUAAAAAAAUUCUUCUGUAAAUGAAAACAAGCAUUUUUUUUAUGUAUAUUUUUAUCCAUUUCCAUGGAUCUUCUUUCCCUAUUACGUCUUAUAAACUAAAAGUCAAACAAUUAGGCAUGCACGUCAUAGAAUUAUUAACCCAUCAGUACAAACAUGACGGCCAAAAAAUUCAACAAAUUUUUCCCCAUAUAUUAGUUUUUUCGCUAACGUUAAGUUUAGCAGGAAAGCGCUGUUGCCAAAAAAAAAAACGUAUAUGUAUUUGCCAGAGAACCUACCGGCUACACUGUUUCCCUUUGUCUUAAAGGGUGUGAAACAAAGAUAACUAUCUGUAAUAUAACUGUCAAAGUCAUGUUGUCCUAUAGAAGGUUCUGUAAGAUUUUUGUUUGGUUGGGAGCUGUGCCCAUUUAGCCAGCAACAUUUCUUAAAAUUAACGCCUAACUAAACAUAUACUAAAUAUAUAAACCAAUCAAGGAGAGGGAAGGGAAAGAAAAGUUCGUUAAAAAUAAACUGUCCUUAAAAUAUAAACUAAAUAAAUUAAAUAUAAUUUGGAAAACAAUAAUUGGAUAUUAUAUUUAACCUCCAAUAUUAUGACAGACGUCAGUUAACAUUUACAAUCUCACCAAAUAUAAUAAUGACCUCCUAUAAACUCGUCACUAAUUGGUGCCAAUGAAAUAGAAAUGGCAUGUCAAAAAUCUUAUUAUUCUCUAUACAGUGAGCACGUAAAAGUUGGAAUAAAUUCAUUUUCUCGAGAACGGAUCAUUUUGGAAAAAAAAAUCCCGAAACAGGUUACUUUUUAUUUUUAAAUUACUUAAAUUAAAUGUUCAAUCUGUCAAGAGGCAGCUGGGUGGCUGCUUUAAUAUUGAAUUUAAGCAAAAAACAAUAUUUAUUUGUCAAAUAAACAUUUUUUGGUGUUUUCUGAUAGCAGUAAAAUGUAUUUUGAAUUAAAUAAAUUACAUACAUACAAUUAUGUUAAUGUUUAUAUUACUGAAUAGAGAAUUGAAUUACCUUUCAAAUGAGCUAUCACACGACCUCUAUUCUCUUUAAAAAAUCAUCCGUGACGUCAUCACGCCCAGAUAGGUGAUGUCACUAGUAUGAUAUAUAUGCCAAAAAGUCGUAAAUUAAAAGUAAAAAUUGACCUGUUUCAGAAUUUAUUUCCAAAAUUGCCCAUUCAUGAAAAAAUUAAUUUAUUCCAACCUUUACGUGCUCGCUGUAUAUUUUUUUCAAGUUUAGAAUAUGACAACAAGGGGAAAAUUACGCGAAUUCCUUAUUGUUUGAUUUUUUCUUUUCCCCUCUGUUAGAAGUUAUUAGGUAUUAAUGAAUAGAAAACAUUUUAUUUUUGUAAGAUUUACCUACUUAUUCUCCUUACACGCUUAAUUUAUGAGACUACAGAUAUGAAAUAUUUUGAGAGAACAAUUUAAAAUAUUCAGAGAAACUAUGACGACUUUUGUUUAAUUUUAGUAGCUGGUGUAAUGUGAUCCUAUUGAGUAUUAAUUUUGAAAAAUUAUAAAUAAUAAUUUUCUAAAUGUA